AUGUACGGUAGCAGUUCCUGCGAACAAACGUCCCUCAACUCGCUUUGUCCGACCAUCUUUGUGGCCCGGGGGCACCUCCUGCAGCCGGCCUUGAAAGCGCUGGUGGGCAUUAGCCAGGUUCACCCUGCCUGCGGGCGCAAUCCUAGUGCCCGAUCUCUCCAGCUCCCUCCCGUCCCGUCGACCGACGAGCCUUCAGCUAAGAAGAAGAACAUCCUCGUUGGUUUAGUGGUUGCUGGAGCUCUCUUCUUCUUUGGAAUCCUGGCGGCCACUGUUUGGUACUUCAUUUCGACCAAAAACUGUAUAUCCUGUGGAUCUUCGAGUGGAUGUGUAACCCCAUCACAGUGGUGCGAUGGGAUACCUCAGUGUCAAAAUGGCGAGGAUGAAGAAUGCUUUCAAUUUGCGAGAACGGAUUUUGUGCUUUACGCCAAACAUAUAGAUUACGGCUGGAAACCAGUGUGCCUUGAUAACUGGGGCACCAACGAUGCAAAACAAGUCUGCAGGAAGAUGGGAUUCUCCAGAACGACGUAUUCAAACUAUGGAUCAGCCUCGGUGGACACAAUCAAGACCACUGAUUUCUUGAUUCUGAAUGAGACUAUUAAAAAACGAAACGUCCACCAUAAAUUAACCAUCAGCAAGAUUUGUCAAUCUGGAUCGGUGGUCACACUACGCUGUAUAGCUUGCGGAGUCCGCCAGCCCUUUCCAAACGCCACGGGACGAAUAGUCGGAGGGAAUCCAGCACUUGAAGGCGAGUUCCCAUGGCAGGUCAGCCUCCAAGUGAGGGGCAAGCACCUUUGUGGUGGCUCCAUCAUCACGCCCAACUGGGUGGUUACAGCAGCUCACUGUGGAGAAAGGAUCAGUUCUCCAAUCCACUGGCGUGUAAAUGCUGGCCAUUUAUAUUUAAGAGAGGGAUCCGCACUAACUGUACACAAAAUAGAAAAAUUUAUCAGACAUGAACUAUUUAACUCGGAGACCAAAGAUUUUGACGUAGCCCUCAUGAAGCUUAUAUCUCCUUUAGAAUUUUCAGAAAAAAUAAGCCCAAUCUGUUUGCCGAAUCAGGGCCAAGUGUUUCAUUCGGGUACUUAUAGCUGGAUUUCUGGCUGGGGAGACACAAAGGAAGGAGGUAAGAUAUCUGAAGUUCUACGGAAGGUCGCGAUACCACUGAUUAACACCCAAAUAUGUCGAGACCAUUACUAUUCGGAACUCUUCCCCCGUAUGAUCUGUGCUGGUUUCCAUGAAGGUGGAUUUGAUGCGUGUCAGGGCGACAGUGGUGGGCCCCUAGCUGUCAACCAGAACUCCCUCUGGUGGUUAGUAGGUACUACAAGCUGGGGCUACGGAUGUGCAAGAUCUGGGAAACCAGGGGUAUACACCAAAAUGUCAACGGUGGUCGACUGGAUUUACCUGCAGAUGAAGCCUGACCGACUCCUUGCUCACUCACCGGAGGCACGGCCCAACGCUCACCACCCGGCGGAGGCUCGGCCCAAGGCUUGCCUCCCGGUGGCCCAACGCUACCCACCGACUGGCGACCCGACGACCCGACAGCCCGACCGACCGACAGACUGA